GGGGCGGCAGGUUUUCUCGACUUCCCUUCUGUUCUCCAUUUGGUUUAUAUGAGCCGUUGAAUCCGGUACGGGUAUUGUCAAAACCGACCCAUUUAUCCUGGUGAGUCGCCAACAGUCUUCUUGUAAAGAGUAGCCACAGGACUCUGAGCUGCUGUUCUUCGCGAUGUCUGCGAAUGCGUCAUUUCUUAUCCAUCACCCACGUCUCAUCCUCUACUUCAAUAAGCCCUCCACCUCCAUUCUUCAUCUCCGCCAAAACCUCUCUCUCAGACACCUUCCUCAGUCUCUCAACCCUUCCAUUUACUCUUCCUUUUCUGUCGCUUUAUUUCGAAGUUGCAGGUUCUCAAGACCUUCUUUCUCUCUAAACCCUAGAAAGCUAUCAUCAUCGUCAUCGUCGUCGUCGUCAUAUUCUACAACCGCGUCGGCAGAACCGCCGAGCUUGAGCUCAAACGACAAUGGUGGUGGUGGUAGGUCUGGUGCUCUGUCCUCGCCUCCCGUCAUCGAAGUGCCGCAGAAGAUCGACGUCAAUCCUCCCAAAGGAACCAGAGAUUUCCCUCCAGAGGACAUGCGUCUCCGAAGCUGGCUUUUCCAAAAUUUCAGAGAGGUCUCCCGGUUGUUUGGAUUCGAAGAGGUUGAUUUCCCGGUGCUUGAAUCGGAGGCGCUCUUCGUUAGAAAAGCUGGCGAGGAGAUAAGAGACCAAUUAUAUAAUUUCAAGGAUCGAGGAAACCGUCGUGUUGCUUUGAGGCCUGAACUUACUCCUUCUUUGGCAAGGCUUGUCAUACAGAAGGGAAAAUCUGUUUCCCUCCCUUUGAAAUGGUUUGCUAUUGGACAGUGUUGGCGUUAUGAGCGGAUGACUAGGGGAAGACGUCGUGAGCACUACCAGUGGAAUAUGGAUAUCAUUGGUGUUCCUGAAGUUACAGCUGAAGCAGAACUUAUUUCUUCUAUUGUCACUUUUUUUAAGCGACUUGGUAUAACAGCAUCUGAUGUGGGCUUUAAAGUUUCCAGCAGAAAGGUUUUGCAAGAAGUACUGAGGUGCUACUCAAUUCCAGAAAAUAUGUUUGGCAAAGUUUGCAUUAUCAUUGACAAGAUAGAAAAGAUUCCUAUUGAGGAGAUUAAAGGAGAGUUGGUAUCAGUUGGAAUAUCAGAAGCAGCAAUUGAGGAGCUACUACAAGUUCUAUCUGUUAAGUCAUUGGACAAGUUGGAAGAGAUACUUGGAGAUGCUGGAGACGCUGUUAAAGAUCUGAAACAACUCUUUUCACUUGCCGAAAAGUUUGGUUAUUCUGACUGGAUUCAAUUUGAUGCAUCUGUAGUUCGUGGCCUUGCUUAUUAUACUGGAAUAGUCUUUGAGGGAUUUGAUAGAGAAGGGAAAUUGCGAGCAAUUUGUGGUGGUGGGCGAUAUGAUCAGCUACUUUCAACAUUUGGAGGUGAUGAUAUUCCAGCUUGUGGUUUUGGGUUUGGAGAUGCUGUCAUAGUGGAGCUGAUCAAGGAAAAGGGGCUUCUACCAGAACUUAGCCAUGAAGUAGAGAAUAUUGUAUGCCCACUGGAUAAGGAGCUGCAAGGAGCAGCUGCUACAGUUGCAACGAUCCUCAGACAAAAAGGCCAAAGCGUUGAUCUUGUGUUGGAGAACAAACCCCUUAAAUGGGUUUUCAAGCGUGCCGCACGGAUUAAUGCUGGCAGGUUGAUCUUGGUCGGAAACUCAGAGUGGCAGAAAGGUAUGGUUGGAGUGAAGAUUCUUUCUACAGGUGAACAAUACGAGAUUAAACUUGAUGAGUUGGAAUAAAUAUUCAUUUGAUAACCAAAAAGUUUACACAGAUUUUCUAUAUUCAUCCUUGAUAGGGUUUGAUGAGUUGGAGAUUUUGCUAUUCA